AUGCCGCAUAUGGCAUUCAUUCUCAUGUAUGCAAUGGUGCCUUUUCGAAAUAACGGACAUCUGACAAAUCUACAGGAAAACUUUAAUUACUGUUUAUCUUCCGCGAGACUGGCAGUGGAACGUAUUAUAGGAUCUCUGAAAGAGCGUUUUAGAAUCCUUCUGGACUGUCUGCCAUUAACAGAUGUGAAGAAAAUUCCCGAAUUUAUUGUUGCUUGCUGCGUGUUACACAAUAUCUGCGUUUUACAAAAUGAUGAAAUACCCAUAGGUAUACAAUUAAGGCAUGUCGAGGAAAUUGAUCAUAUUAUACAUAAUAAUAAUGCAACAGAAUUAGGAAAAGCCAAACGAACUCUAAUUAUGAAUGCGUUACGAAUGAGAAUCGCUUAUUAACAUUUA